AUGGCUCCAAAUAAGGACGAGAUUGAGGAACAGGAGCUCGAUCUUUCUUCUCUUUCUCCGGUCCUCCCUGCCGUCGUCCUUUGGAAAACUUACUCGAGUGCCGCCAGCGAGAACGAACCCAAUGCUAACCUCACCGAUUCCCAGGCGAAGACCAAGAAAGGAAAGAACCCCGUUCGUACUAAGGUAGCCAGCAAUGCCUCCAAGAAGAUCAGUACCGCCCCUCGAGCUUCUGGUAACACUGAUGCCGCUGUUGUCGCUGCUGCUGAGGCCGCAGAAGCUGCUGGCAAUGUCCCCAAUGUCCCCAAUGUCGCUGCCCAGACCGUUGAUAUCUCGGGCGAUGUCGAGAAUGGUCCAGUCUGGUAUCCCGAUUUUGAACAAUUCCAGCAGGAGCCCCAGACAGAGGGUUACAAGUUCCUAAGCAAGCGUGCCUCGACUCUAUCUGGAUGCAACCUUGGUCCUAAUCCCCAAGCCUGGGAGGAAGGAUGUUUUACAAAGGAAAGCUUCAUCCAAUUUGGCCCUCCUCAACCUACCCUUCGUACUCGACUCGACGUUCAUGACGAGAAGGAGCAGCGGUGGUCGCUUGAGCAUGCUAUUCAGACUGAGAUUGGUGCUGAAGCGGUUCGUGAGAAAUUCGGUGAUGGCGGCUUGCCCGAAGAUGUUCGUUUUCAGAUGCUUCUAGACGCCCCGCCCCCGGCGCUUCCACCUGCCAUUGCUGCUCGCAUGCACGCCUCUGGAGGAACUCAUCAUCCGCUUACCCCGGCCAUUACUGUCCCCGGCAGUUCCCAGCACUUUAGUCCUCAGCCUAUGAUUCCCGCCGCUCAGGGUGCCGUUAUGCCUGCUGGCUAUGACCCGCGUAACAUGACAUCUGCCAUUGGCCAAGGUGCCACUACUACAGGAGGACAGUAUGCUUCUGCCCACUUCGAUAUUCCCAACCUCAAUCCUGGCAUGCCUAUCACCUCUAUGCCUAGUGGCCCGAUCGCACAGACUCCCACGCAGCAGCAUCCUCUUGGCAAAGUUGCCAACCAGGGACAGGCCAGCAUCCUGCCUAGAACCCGACGAUCGACUGCUCAGGAUAAUCAAGCCCCGAAGAAGAGCAGGAAGCAAAGGAAGAAUGCCACCGCGAGCUCUAGCCGGCAAGGAACUGCGCCCCCUAUCCCUCGAGCCAUUGCCCCGCGCCCCGCCACGGCCGUAACCAUCCACCAGGACAACCCGGACAUUGGCCCGCUCACCUUCCAACACGCCGCCAGUGGGGCGCAGGGCGCUGCUGUCCGUGUGGCGGAUCGAGCUCCGGCUCGUCCUCCCACUUUGGACAACAUGUUUGUCCCGACGGACCUCCCUGGCAGGUUCAGGGCUCCUCCGGGUUCCGAGUCCGUCAUCAGGUUUGAUCCUGCCAUGACGCUCGACCCGGAGGGCCCUUUGUUCUUCGACGAGGGGAACCCGGCGGCCGGCACGCAGCCGUACAGCAGCUUCUUCGAGGACGAGUAUGCUGCCAUCAUGCGGGAGCAGGCGCUGACGGAGGCCACGAUGUCCCGGCCUUGGGAGAUGUUUCCUGCUCAGGAACUUCCUGAGUGGGACCCGUUUCUCAUGGUUAUGGACAUUGAGGGUCCUUCCGAGGUUGCUGGCGCUGCUCCUAGUGGCCAAGCUUCUGCUCAGGACCAAGGUGUCCUGGGUACCAGCGGUCAAGUCACGACCACUGAGAGCACGACCCCCGCCCCUGCCCUUCCGGUCCCCAAGCUUCGAAAGAAGCCCCAGGCACAGGGCGUGGACUCCGCAGAGGUCAUGAUCAACAUGCGAGCGAACCUUCAGGGCAAUCAGGCCCCGUUCAGUGCCGAGCAGUUGGACCCCAUGCCCUCUAGCAUGGCAACUGAGGAGGACCGACUCCAGCCCGUGCAGCCCAAGUUGGACCCGACCGAGGAGAAUGCUCACCAGAUUCCCGAGAAGACCAUCAAGGGCAAGAAUAUGGCCUGGGGAGGAUGCACCGCAGUCACCGAGCAUAUGGAUUUCUCCAAUGAUCCGGACUUGAAGGACCUUUCUAUCUUUUAUGAGGAUUGGGAUUGA